AUGGACCUAGGUAUACUGCAAGCCUUCCAGAGGGAAAUCACCUGUGCCAUCUGCCUCCACUACCUUACAGACCCAGUCACCAUAGGCUGUGGACACAGCUUUUGCAGGCCCUGCCUUUCUCUCUCCUGGGAAGGAGCCCCAAAUCCUGCCCACUGCCCAGAGUGCAGAGAACCAUCACAGCAGAGAAAGUUCAAAACCAAUAUUGUUCUGAAGAAUCUCGUGUCCGUUGCCAGAAAAGCCAGUCUCUGGCAAUUCCUGAGCUCUGAGGAACAAAUGUGUGGAACCCACAAGGAGAAGAAGAAGAUGUUCUGUGAAGUGGACAGGAGCCUGCUGUGUUCGCUCUGCUCUAACUCCCAGGAGCACAGGACUCACAGACACUGUCCCAUUGAAGGGGCAGCUGUGGACCAGCGGGCUAAACUCAAAAAGCAAAUGAGAUCUUUAUGGGACAAGAUCCAGGAAAAUCAGAGAAACCUGAGAGAGGAACAAAUAAUGAUUAACCAAUUCAUGGAAUAUGUGCUUCUAGUGAGAAAAAUGACCAGGACCGAAUAUGCAGAGCUUCACCCAGUUCUCUAUAAGGAAGAACAACAACAUUUGGAGGAACUGGAAAGGGAGAGCUGGAAUAUCCUUCAGCAACUCAAGAGAAGUGUGGCCCAAAUAAAUCAAAAGCGGAAAUAA